UGUCACUCUAUCAACACAGCUGGACCUUUUGCAAGGUUCUAAAUGGAGCAACAACUUUUCAAUAACACAUUCAGUUUCAACCUUCAAAUUGCCAGAUUUGAUAUUCCUUCUCCAGCUAUUUAUCCUGUUUUUAUCACUGGAAUGCUGAUCUAUUUGUUCUCAAUGUUCUGUAAUGUUACAAUUUUAGCAUUGAUUGUUACACAGCAAAGCCUUCAUAAACCCAUGUUUUACAUUUUGUUCAGUCUUCCUUUGGCAGAUAUGCUGGCAAUUACAUGUGCUUUGCCCAGAGUGCUUCUGGAUAUUGUAACCCAAACAAAUAUGGUUUAUUACCCAACAUGUGUUUUGCAAGGUUUUUUGCUUCAUUGUUAUGGAGGUAGUGUACUUUUUAUACUUGCAGCCAUGUCUUUCGAUCGAUACAUAGCAAUAUGCAAGCCACUAAGAUAUAAUUCAAUAAUGGGUCCAUACACAAUUGGUGGUGUGAUAGCACUGGCAUGGGGCCUUGACAUUUCUAUGAUUGUUGUGCUGUUUGCUCUUCAAUCAAGAUUUUUGAAAUGUAAGGCAUUUGUUUUAAAUGUGUAUUGUAGCAAUAGUGCACUGUUACAGCUCUCAUGUGGUGGUGACUUUACUGUAAACAAUGCUUAUGGAUUAGCAAUAACUGGGGUUAUGCAGGGCAUUAGUGUGUCUAUUCAAUUAUUUUCUUAUGCACAGAUUCUCAAAACCUGUAUUUUUCACUCACAAGCCAAUGCUAGAAGUAAGGCUGUAAACACAUGUUUAGCACAAAUAAUUACAUUUCUUCUGUAUGAAAUAGUUUCUAACUUUACCAUCAUUUCGUAUCGUUUUUCGAAUAUAUCACCUGUUGCACAGCAAAUAUGCGGUUUAAUGAUUUUUACACUUCUACCGGUUAUUAAUCCAAUUAUAUAUGGAAUGAAAACAAGAGACAUUAGAAAUACAUUUGUAAUAGUGCUGAAAAAGCGUAAGGUGGCAUUUACAUAA